CUGAGACAUUGGCAGAUGUACAAAAGCUUUCUUCGGAGAGCAUACUGCCCACACACAACAUCAAUGGCGUCGUCUCUCUCAUCAAUCCACAGCGCAGGAAACUCCAUUCUUUCUCCUCCUAAUCUCAAGCCUCGAAUCUCCACCCACCACCAUCACCACCACUCUCUCUCCGUCUGCACCUCCGCCCUCCCCAAUCACACCAACCCAAGUCUCGGAAGAUCUCUCCGCCGCAACCCACAACCGAAACCACCCUUUCCCCACGAAAACAAUCAAAUUUCAGAGAGAAAGAACCUCAACCCAGUUCACCCCAGUGCACAAAAUGUUGAUUUGAUGAGUUUGUGCCGAGAAGGUAACAUCAAUGAAGCGCUUGAAUUCAUGUCUCGGGGUGUUCCCGCCGAUUACACUAUUUUCGAAGCAUUAAUGAAUUCCUGUGCUAGUCCCAAGUCGAUUGAAGUUGUGAAAAGAGUUCAUGAGCUCUUGAUUCGAUCCCCUUAUGUUGGAAAUGUUGAACUGAAUAACAAAUUGAUUGAAAUCUAUGUGAAAUGCGGGAGUAUGAGAGAUGCUCGCCGGGUGUUCGACAAAAUGCGCGAGAGGAACUUGGACUCUUGGCAUUUGAUGAUUAAUGGGUAUGCAAAUAAUGGGGAGGGGGAUGAUGGGUUGGUUUUGUUUGGGCAAAUGAGGAAAUCAGGUUUGCGGCCCAGUGCAGACACUUUUCUUGCGGUUUUGUCAGCUUGCGCUACUGCAGAGGUGGUGGAAGAAGGUUUUACACACUUUGAAUUGAUGAAGAACGAGUACGGUAUUGAUCCAAGGAUUGAACAUUACUUGGGGGUUAUCGAUGUUUUAGGUAAAGCCGGACAUGUAAAUGAAGCAAUGGAGUUCAUUGAGAAAAUGCCAAUUGAGCCCACGGCUGAAAUUUGGGAGGCUGCUAUAAAAUUUGCUCGGAUACAUGGAGACAUUGAAAUUGAAGACCAUGCUUUGGAGAUGUUGGUUGAUCUUGACCCGUCUAUGGCCAUGGCUAACACGCUCACUACGCCACCGCCAAAGAAGCAAUCUGCAACCAAUAUGCUUGAGGGGAAAGAUAGGGUUGGUCAAUUUCGGAGUACAAAUCCAUACAAAGGAGAUGCACAUGAGAAAUUGAAGGGUUUGAAUGGACAGAUGAGGGAGGCUGGAUAUGUGCCUGACACAAGAUAUGUGCUUCAUGACAUUGAUCAAGAGGCCAAAGAACAGGCUUUAAUGUAUCAUAGCGAGCGUUUGGCAAUUGCCUAUGGUCUGAUCAGUACUCCAGCAAGAACGCCCCUUAGGAUCAUCAAGAACCUCCGCAUAUGUGGUGAUUGUCACAAUGCAAUAAAGAUCAUGUCGAAGAUCGUUGGGAGAGAGCUGAUUGUUCGGGACAACAAGAGGUUUCAUCAUUUCAAGGAUGGAAAAUGCUCGUGUCGGGAUUACUGGUAAAGGUGUGGUUCGAUUCCUUUGUCUGCUGCUAGAUUCUUUUUCUUGUAUGCAGCUGGGGUAAAUGAAUAUAGUGUCUAUCAAAUGGAGAUGACAUUUUAUAGUCUGUAAUAUCAUCAGAAUGUACAUUAUGCUUGUUGAGAAAUUCUAACAACCCAUUCAAUGGAAAUCAGAGUACAUUAACAUUGUCAGAA